GGCACCGGCCACUGUACAGACCACUCCCCUUGUGGGCACAAGGAAUCUGAGAUGAGGGUGAACUAGAUUCUGAUGAUCAUCUUGCUGUCACCUGUAUUGACAGGGUAAAAAACCUGAACAUGCCUCGUAGCCCAACAUCAAGUGAAGAUGAAAUGGCGCAAAGCUUUUCCGACUAUUCUGUGGAAUCUGAAUCAGACAGUUCCAAAGAAGAAACUAUUUAUGACACAAUUAGAGCAACUGCAGAAAAGCCAAGCAGCAGAAUGGAAGACAGUCAGAGCAACACAUUAGUGAUUCGAAUUAUAAUACCUGACCUGCAGCAAACGAAAUGCAUUAGAUUUAACCCAGAAGCUUCAGUGUGGGUUGCAAAGCAACGGAUUUUGUGCACUUUGAAUCAGAGUUUGAAAGAUGUCCUGAAUUAUGGACUGUUCCAACCUGCAAGCAAUGGUAGAGAUGGGAAGUUUUUGGAUGAGGAACGACUCCUGAGGGAAUACCCACAGCCAGUGAACAAGGGAGUUCCUUCACUUGAGUUUCGAUACAAGAAAAGAGUGUACAAGCAGUUCAACUUGGAUGAAAAGCAGCUGGCCAAGCUCCAUACCAAGGCUAAUUUGAGAAAAUUCAUGGAUCAUGUCCACCAUCUCUCUGUGGAAAAAAUGACCAAGAUGUUGGACCGAGGACUGGACCCCAACUAUCAUGAUCUGGAAAGUGGAGAAACACCCCUAACUUUGGCAGCUCAGCUUGACAAUACAGUAGAAGUGAUAAAAGCUCUGAAAAAUGGAGGAGCACAUUUAGAUUUCAGAGCCAAAGAUGGAAUGACAGCUCUGCACAAAGCAGCCAGGGCCAAGAACCAAAUAGCCCUCAAGACCCUUUUAGAGCUGGGAGCAUCUCCCAACUACAAGGACAGCUGUGGCCUGACCCCGCUGUACCACACGGCUGUCGUGGGAGGGGAUCCCUACUGCUGUGAGCUCUUACUCCAUGAACAUGCCACAGUGAGCUGCAGAGAUGAAAAUGGAUGGCAAGAAAUCCAUCAGGCUUGCAGGUAUGGACACGUCCAACACCUGGAGCACCUCCUCUUCUAUGGCGCCGACAUGUGUGCCCAGAACGCCUCAGGAAACACGGCUCUGCACAUCUGUGCCCUCUAUAACCAGGAGAGCUGUGCAAGAGUCCUGCUGUUCCGAGGAGCCAACAAGGAGAUUAAGAAUUACAACAGCCAGUCUCCAUUUCAGGUGGCUAUAAUAGGAAAUUUUGAGCUUGCUGAAUAUAUCAAGAAUCACAGGGAAGCUGAUAUUGUGCCCUUUAGGGAGGCUCCCACCUAUUCCAACAGAAGGCGGAGACCUCCGAACACCUUAGCAGCCCCUCGGAUCUUGCUCCGCUCCAACAGCGACAACAACCUGAACAUCAACAACCUCCCUGAGUGGUCAGCAUCAUCCUCUGCCUCUUCACACCGCAGCCUUUCACCUCAUCUGCUUCAACAGAUGCAGAAUAAUCCCAAUGGAACUGUAAAAACCGUGGGGAGUUACACUCCGUCCUCCCGGAGCCGGUCACCAUCCCUGAACAGGCUGGGAGACGAUGCCAAGCGGCAGCAGCACAGGCACAUCAGUGCUGUUUACAGUCCUAGUGCCAACAAGGAUACACUGUCUGCCUUGGAUUAUCAGGGUCCCAAACGGAAGCUUUACAGUGCUGUUCCUGGAAGACUUUUCAUUGUAGUAAAGCCAUAUCAACCUCAAGGAGAAGGGGAAAUUCACCUGCACAAAGGAGACAGAGUCAAAGUUCUAAGCAUUGGAGAAGGUGGAUUCUGGGAAGGCAGCACCCGGGGACAUAUUGGCUGGUUUCCUGCAGAAUGUGUUGAAGAAGUUCAGUGCAAACCCAAUGAAAGCAAAGCAGAAACACGAACAGAUAGAACAAAGAAGCUGUUUAGACACUACACAGUUGGAUCCUAUGACAGCUUUGAUGCUUCAAGUGACUGCAUAAUAGAAGAAAAGGCAGUGGUCCUGCAGAAAAAAGACAAUGAAGGAUUUGGAUUUGUGCUCAGAGGGGCAAAAGCUGACACACCAAUUGAAGAAUUCACCCCAACUCCAGCCUUUCCUGCUUUGCAGUACUUGGAAUCUGUGGAUGAAGGGGGAGUAGCAUGGCAAGCUGGCCUGAGAACUGGAGACUUUUUGAUCGAGGUUAAUAAUGAGAAUGUAGUGAAAGUUGGCCACAGGCAGGUGGUGAACAUGAUUCGGCAAGGGGGCAAUCACCUCGUUCUUAAGGUUGUCACAGUAACCAGGAAUCUUGAUCCAGAUGACACAGCUAGAAAGAAAGCCCCACCGCCUCCUAAGCGAGCUCCAACCACUGCACUGACCCUGCGGUCUAAGUCAAUGACCUCAGAGCUUGAAGAGCUUGUGGAUAAAGCUUCAGUACGGAAGAAGAAGGAUAAGGUGGAUGAAAUAGUACCAGUUUCCAAGCCAUCAAGAAUUGCAGACAAUGCAACUGUGGACUCGAGAGUGGCAACGAUAAAACAGAGGCCUUCUAGUAGAUGUUUUCCCUCAGCUACAGAUAUGAAUUCCAUGUAUGAGAGACAGGGUAUUGCCGUGAUGACGCCCACUGUGCCAGGGAGUCCUCAAGGUCCGUUUCUGGGUAUACCUCGGGGUACAAUGAGGAGACAAAAAUCUAUAGGAAUAACAGAGGAAGAACGACAGUUUCUGGCUCCUCCUAUGCUGAAGUUUACCAGAAGUCUCUCCAUGCCUGACACCUCUGAAGAUAUCCCACCACCACCACAGUCCUUACCUCCUUCACCACCGCCACCUUCUCCUUCUCUGUACAACUCCCCCAAAUCCCUGACAACAAGGAGCUAUGGAACUAUUAAACCUCCAUUUAACCAGAAUUCAGGUGCAAAAAUUUCCUUAGUUAGGCCUGAGAGUGUGGGAACAAUGAUAAGGGACAAAGGGAUCUAUUACAGACGAGAGCUGGACCGAUACUCUCUGGACUCAGAAGACCUGUACAGUCGAAGUGCUGCAUCUCAGGCAAAUUUCAGGAACAAGAGGGGUCAGAUGCCAGAAAAUCCAUAUUCUGAGGUUGGGAAGAUUGCAAGCAAAGCAGUUUAUGUGCCGGCCAAACCAGCGAGGCGGAAGGGGAUGUUGGUGAAACAAUCCAACGUUGAGGACAGUCCAGAAAAGACCUGCUCUAUUCCAAUCCCAACAAUCAUUGUGAAAGAGCCAUCCACCAGCAGCAGUGGGAAAAGCAGCCAAGGGAGCAGCAUGGAGAUUGAUCCUCAGUCUUCAGAGCAACCAGGGCAGCUCCGGCCCGAUGACAGCUUGGGUGUCAGCAGUCCGUUCGCAGCAGCCAUUGCAGGGGCAGUGAGGGACAGGGAAAAGAGGCUGGAAGCAAGGAGGAAUUCUCCAGCCUUCCUUUCCACGGACCUGGGAGAUGAGGAUGUUGGGCUAACCCCGCCAACACCACGCAUGAGGCAAUCUAAGUUCACCGAUGAAGCAAUGUUCAGUAGCGAGGAUGGUUUCAGACAGCUCAUGUCGCCAUCGCCUAUUCCUGCACCCAGAGAGCCUGAAAGUCUCUUUAAUAGCAGCGAGCCCAGCAAUCAGAGUGACUCAAGGACAUUAAAUGCUUCAUCCAAAAUAAAAGGUACUGACAAUAGUGCAGUGGCAGCCAAGUCCACGAACGCAUCCAGCCCGGAGAGUUACGUGCACCCAGUCACAGGGAAGCUGUUGGAUCCAAACUCACCACUAGCCCUCGCGCUCUCUGCCAGGGACAGAGCCAUGAAAGAACAAACGCAGCAGAUUCCAGGCAAAGGAGAUGCUGUCAAAACAGACCUUAACAAACCGCUUUACAUCGAUACAAAGCUGAGACCCAACAUGGAAACAACUUUUACUGUUACUGCCACUGUCACGAGGCAAAACACCCGUGGCUUGUUGAGACGGCAGGAGACUGAGAACAAGUAUGAAACAGAUGCAGGGAAAGAAAAGAAAGCUGAGGAGAAGAAGAACAUGUUGAUAAACAUUGUGGAUACCUCACAGCAGAAGUCAGCUGGUUUGUUGAUGGUUCAUACCAUGGACGUAGUGAAGUCAGACGAUAUGCCUGAAGAUGAGGAGGAAAAGGAAGCUGAGAUGGAGCCAAGUCCUGAAAACUCCCCGCCAGAGAGGGUAGAGGGGAGCAAGGAAGUGGAAGAAAGUGAGCUGAACGCACCUGCUGCACCUGAGACACCGGCAUCUCCCUGCAAAACCAUCGUGGCAGCAAGCUCUGUCGACGACCCCGUCAUCCUGCCCUUCCGCAUCCCCCCACCACCCUUGGCAUCGGUGGAUAUUGAUGAAGAGUUUAUGUUCACUGAGCCAUUGCCCCCUCCCUUAGAGUUUGCCAACAGCUUUGAUAUCCCCGACGACCGCGCGGCUCCUGGGUCGGCUCUAACAGACCUGAUCACGCAGAGGAAGAAUGGCACACCCUUACCUGCACCAUUCCCCCCCAGCCAGCCAACAAAUUCCCUAGACAGCAAAAAGCAAUUGGGUCUUUCAAACUGUUUGCCUGCCUCCUUUCUGCCACCCCCUGACAGCUUUGAUAAUGUCACUGACUCUGGGAUUGAGGAGGUAGACAGCCGAAGUAGUAGUGACCAUCACUUAGAGACAACCAGCACUAUCUCAACAGUGUCCAGCAUCUCUACCUUAUCCUCAGAAGGGGGGGAGAAUGUGGAUACUUGUACAGUCUAUGCAGAUGGGCAAACAUUUCUGGUGGACAAACCCCCAGUACCUCCUAAGCCAAAAAUGAAGCCCAUAAUCAACAAAAGCAAUGCACUUUACAAGGACGCGCUGAUCGAGGAGACUGUGGACAGCUUUGUGAUCCCUCCUCCCGCUCCGCCCCCGCCUCCCAUCAGUGCCCAGCCCAACAUGGCUAAAGUUGUCCCCCAAAGGACAUCCAAGCUAUGGGGGGAUGUGCCGGAGGUGAAAAGCCCAAUUCUCUCAGGCCCCAAGGCUAAUGUUAUUAGUGAAUUGAACUCAAUACUCCAGCAAAUGAACAGAGAGAAAUCCUCAAAGCCAGGGGAGGGAUUAGAGUCACCGACUGGAACAAAGACUGCAAGUCUCAGUACAAGGAGCACGGAAGUCAUGAGUACUGUCUCAGGUACACGAAGUACAACAAUCACUUUCACCGUCCGACCUGGAGCCAGCCAGCCGAUCACACUGCAGAGCAGGUCCCCAGACUAUGACAGUAGGACCUCAGGAGCAAGACAUGCUCCAAGCCCUGUGGUUUCACCAACAGAGAUUAAUAAAGACAUCAUACCUGCCUCUCUGACUGCUUCUGCUUCAGCUUCAUCUCCUUCUCCAACUCUGUCUGAUGUAUUUAGCCUACCUAGCCAGCCCCCUUCUGGGGACUUAUUUGGCUUGACCACAGGGCGCAGCAGGUCUCCUUCUCCCUCAAUAUUACAACAGCCAAUCUCAAAUAAGCCUUUUACAACUAAGCCUGUCCACCUGUGGACUAAACCAGAUGUGGCAGAUUGGUUGGAAAGUCUAAACUUAGGUGAACAUAAAGAAACAUUUAUGGACAAUGAAAUAGAUGGCACACAUUUACCAAAUCUACAGAAGGAAGAUCUGAUAGACCUUGGAGUGACUAGAGUUGGGCACAGAAUGAAUAUAGAAAGAGCUUUGAAGCAGCUGCUGGACAGAUAAGAAUAGCUAUUUUGUGGUUUGCCUCACAAACUUCUGUUGAUAACUAGAGAUGGGCUGGUACUGACAUACCCCAAAUGCCUUGUGUGUCUGCGAGUGCCAGCAAAAUUGGGGGAUGGGGAAGGGAAAAACAGUUGAAUUCCUGGUACUCAGGUGAUGCAGACUGUAUGCUACAUGCCCAAACACAAAUCUAAAGAUGUUAAAGUAAGUGGGGCCAUUUUAUUUCAAAAUUGUGGGGAGAUAUGAGAGAGAGACAAUUGUUAACUUCAAAAAUACUAUCUCUUGAUGCCCUUUGCUGGGAUCAUGAUGUACUGCUUUUCCUUCCAUUUCAAAUUGCAAACAUUUCAGGGCUUUUUUAUUGAGAAAAAGAAAAAAUAAUUGAAUUUUAUUUUUUUCUCUUCUUGACCUUCAGUCUCCGAGUAGGCUUCCUUCCCCAACCCUUGGCUCAUUUUAAGAGGACAGGUUGCUUCAUUACCAUUCAAACCCAGUUUUUUUAGGAGCAGAGGCAUGAUAUUGAGAUGGGUACAGGAGUUCAUGUUACUCUUUUUUACUGGUUUAUCUCUCUGAUUUGUUGGCAGUGAAGCUGGUUGUUCUGCUGGAAUUAGUUCAAAGGUAACCUUGCUCUGUUUUACCUGGUAUUUCUUUAUUUCUGCAGUUAUAUUUAGCACUCUUCCAAGGUGGCAGAACAAGUUCAAUAUGCGCUCCAUUGACUUGACCUGUAAGAUAAUGCAGAUGUUGCAUAAAACCCAAGGAGGUAUGCACACUUAGAGGUACAACAAAAUGAAGCUAGUUUGAACCUGAGAUCCCCAGUUUUCAACCAGCUAAACCACUGCUAAUUCACAAUGUGAACUCCACAAGCCGGGAAAAAUUUGGGGUCAUGUGCAGAUGCAUCUUUUGGACUCAACAGUCAGACACUCAAAUAUGCUGGGCCCUGAGAGGUGCUGUUUAAUUCAGUGAGUGGUAAGUGCUUAGUUAUUUUCAACAUCAGGCCAAAAAAGAAGGAAAAAGGCAGAUGAAUGUUCCCAUUGAAGUCAGUGGGAAGGGUGCCAGGAUUUUAAUAUUUCAGUCUGUUAGAAAUGGAAAUGUUUCAACUUGUUUAAAAAAAAAAAGACAAAAAGGUGACACCAAGAUGGAAAGAGCUGUAGAGUGUCUCAGGAUGCAUGUAUUCCAAGAGCCCAAGAGGUUUGGGGAGGGCUCCAGUGUCUCAUUUUAUCACUGUUAACAGGUAUUGGCUUCUUGACAGGCACAGGCUGGGUGCUGGCGGGAGGUGGACACUGCUCAUCCUUUCUUUGGCAGGACAGAUGUGUUUACCCUGCCAGAAACCAGGGCUGGGUGCUGGGGGCAGAGAGAGCUUUCCAGGAGACUUCAGUCAGCAGGGGAGAAACACCCACAUUUGGUUCACAUGACUUUUUAAAAAAAUUUCUUUUUUAUUUUUUUGACAUAAAUUUUAAAGUUAACAAGUCUCUCUCUACAUGUUUGGACUCUCCUUGUAAUUAACACCUCUGAAUAUCUGUGAGUUUUGUAGGUCUUUAUGGACAGAAUAUUCAAGAUGUUCAAGGUGGGUAAAUUGAGUGUGGAUGGCUAAACUGCCUACCUACCAUACUUUCAGGUUCUCUUACAUUUUACAAGGUACCUGACUUUCUUUCCUUGAUAUGGUCCUUGAUAUGGUCCAGCCUAUCUCUAAUUUUUUUAUUGUGAUUAUUUUUUGCUCACAAACAAAUGUCUAAUUAGGUCUGCAACAGCCCUAGUAUGAGUACAUAAAGUUUAGCAUUUUAAAUAUCUUUCUUUACUGCAAGUUUAAAUAGUUGUACAGAUAGUUUAUAAGCACAAUAUUUUAAGAAAAUAAGUGGCUGGUCUACUGGGCAGCCUUUGUGCCACUUCAGUGCUAGGAAGUUAAAAACAAGGAAAAAAAAAAACAACAAAAAAAAAACUUUUUGUGGUUUACUACUAUUUCUGUGGAAUAAUUAUAAAGUCUUGACCUUUUUAAAAUCAACCUCAUUUGGAUGCAUCUGAACCAGCAGAGCUGUGUUAUAUUUUCUAUCUUUGCUAGAACUUCUACAGAGGAGGAUGAAUAUUUCUUCAAAAGUGGUUGUAGUUACCAACACAUUGGAUACUCACAAAAAGCAACUUAUUUAGCCUCCUGCCCCCUUUAUGGAACAACAAAUAUUUUGACCUAACAUCUGUUACUACGCUAUAUUUGUAUUUGAAAGUUCCAAGGAACCUUGUAAUAAAAAAAAUGAAGUACUAAGUCAUUUUCCUUCCAAGAGUACUGAAUUUUUCCAUAGGUGGUGUAGAAAAUGGCAGUUCCACGCAGAUAGUUGAUGCUGGCAACUUGAGGCCAUCACAUACUUUAAGAAGUGAAAAAAAUGGUAAUUUAGCCAUCUUUGUCUUCCAUUUGGUGAUACGACAGAAUUCAGUAAAUAAACCACUAAUGCCAUGCUCUUUUCUUUUUUCCUUUUUUGUUUGUUUGUUUGUUUGUUUUUGGUUUGUUUUGUUUCUUUGGGUAUAGUUGCUAUUACCUCUAUAACAUGUGCCAGAAAUACAUUAGAGAAUAACAGUAGUAAAAGAAAAUGUAGAAGUUGACUUUUAAGCUGCUUUUGAAUCACAACCUUGUUGAAUUUCUGUUGAACAAGUGCUGACACACCUUUUAAAUUCCAUUUGACAUCAUCCCUUUCUUACACAAGUGUGUUUCUUGCUCUUGUGCAUCUUUUCAGGCAAUGAAAGAGUAGGUGCAAUGCAAGGAGUAGAAAAGAGAUUGAACAUGUUAAAGAGCCAACAAAAUAGUUGAUUUUUUACGCUGUGUCUUACAAAAUGAAGGUAAGGAGACCUGAGAGGACCUACUUUCACCACGAAAAUACACCUCUACCAAGAUGAAUUGGUCUCUAGUUGGGGGAUGGUUUGGCUACAGAAAGCAAUAGUAACAGAUAACGACAUCACCUCUGAGUGUUCUCACCAGAAAUGUUCUCUCUGGAAAUGUUAGGGGGGAGGAGAGAAGACCCAUUUCUUUCAUGCUACUCUGAUACUGAAAAACAAGUCGUUAGAGAUCUAUGAUAUUCUGGGUUUUAGGAUCAACUUUUGUUUAUAUACUGUAAUUUAAUAAAUUGCAUUUACAUGCCUAAUUUCUGUAAUAUUUGUGUAUACAAUACCAAAAUCUUACAAGAUGUAAAUUGUGUAUAACUGCACAGACUCCUUGCCCUAGGUGUCUGAGAACAUUUUAAGUUUAAUUCAUAUAUUAUAAAAUUACUAGAUGUGACUGUUGAUUUACAGAAUUUACAUAUCACAAAAAGUUAAUUAUUUGUGGUACUUAAGUUAAUAAAAAAAUAGUGAAUUCUUUUUCUUUUUUCUCAGUUCUUAAAAAGCAUUACCCAGUUGAUCUGGCGAUGAUUAUGUGUAUGAGCCACAAAUAUUGAUAAUUUUUCCAUUACAUUUUUUCUUUUCUUUUCUAGAUAUUAGUAUGUUUCUCGCUAUAGUUUGUGUAACAACUUGUGUUCACGUUAUCUAUGUUGCUGUAAUUUUUGUGCUUUAAUUCCUCUUAUUUCAACUGAUUAAAAAAAUCAAGCUCCUGUAACUUGCACUUUUCCCCAAUCCUUAAUACUCUUGUAUGGCAACCAAAAUUACUGUAAGAAAUAAAUAUAAUAUUGCACUAAGGUUGUGGUUCUGAUUGCAAACAGAGAACACUGUCUGGAUUUUUAUUAAAAAAAAAAAGUUGCCAAAAAACUUGGAAUUUGUUUUGAAAACACAUGAAAUGCUUUAAUGAAAUGUAGGUAGAAUUAAUGGAAAAUAAUUGAUUUAUUGUUGGGAAAAAGCAUUUCCUGUUUAUUUUUUCUUUUUGGUUAAAGCAUUUUUUAUGCUGAAUGUUCGUUUACUGAAUUUCAGGUUCAUAAUUGAAGUUUGGAAAGUAAAAAAAAUUUUAGAAAGAGAUAGAAAACUUCAUAUCUAAUUGCCUUAAGGUGGAUUUGGAAUAACCAUGGAAUGUUCUUUGUCCUGGCUGAGCAUGGGGGGAGGGAUGCGUGCCCUGAACUCAGUGCUACUGGUCCUAUUCUGUUCUGCAAUUUAAAAAGGUACUGAAAAAUGGGAUUUUUUUUUCUUUUUUUGAAAAAAAUUUUUUUUGGGGGGGGGGAGGAGCUGGAGAUAUUGUAGGGCAGAGUAGCUUUCCAAAGGAGAGAAGGGAACAGUACUCCUUGUGACUUAAAAACUGUACCAGUGGGAUCUGUUUUUACUGUGAAUAAACAAGGCUUCAAAUGGAAAAAGAAAUAAGGAAACAAUUCACAUCUUCUUUUGGCUUAAGUUAAAAAUUUGUUUUUCUGUCUUUAAAUGGUGAUGCAAUGAAGAAUAUUUUUAUUUUCUAAGAUAUUGGAAUAAAUGCCUAGAACUGUUGCCAUUUGGUUUCAUAUGUUCCUUAACUACUAUUCUCUUCUCAGAUGUUGUUCUAGUUCAUCAUUUUUGUAGCUACUUCUCUCAUAAUUCUCCAACAACAAAUACUUGGCAGCUUUGUUUUGUUAAAAACACAGAAGGCCUGUUUGGGUUCUUUUUAUUUAUUUAUUUCAGGUAUUGUGGCAAUCCAGUGCUAAACAUCUUUGUAUCUAAAUAAAGUCAGGUAUUUACAGUGCAAAACG